AUGCUAAGGUCACCGUGGGAGGACACGGGCCACCUCAGCGGGGACCAGGGCCCGCGGCCGGCCCCGCACACGAGUCCGCGACACUCGAAGCUGGAGAAAGCCGACAUCCUGGAGAUGACCGUCAAGCACCUGCGGAGCCUCCAGCGAGCCCAGAUGACCGCCGCGCUGAGCACAGACCCCACGGUGCUGGGCAAGUACCGUGCCGGCUUCAGCGAGUGCAUGAACGAGGUGACGCGGUUUCUCUCCACCUGCGAGGGCGUCAACACCGAGGUGCGCACCCGGCUCCUGGGCCACCUGGCCAGCUGUAUGACCCAGAUCAACGCCAUGAACUACCCUGCGCCCCCCCCACCGCCACCGCUGCCACCAGCCGCAGCCUUUGGGCCACCCCUGGUGCCACCGGGCAGUGGUGCGGGGCCGCUCCCGGGCAUGCCCUGCAAACCGGGCGCCGACGCAGCCAAGGCGUACGCUGCCACUGCCGCCUCGCCGCCUGGCCCGCCGCCUGGCACAGCCGACUCGGUCUGGAGACCCUGGUGA